AUGCCUAUACACGUAUCUCUGGACGAUAGUGUUAUCUCGCUCGAUUUGGUUAGCAACAACAUCACCGGGUCUGACCCAACACUUUCAGUCAUCACACGUGUGUCAGGGGGCUCCACACCUACGCCACCAGCAGCUACAUCACCGUUGUCACUUACGCACACGGCAUUACCCAAGCUCAGCACCACAGUCUUCAUCGAUAAUAACAAGUUCGAAUCCCUCGCUAUCGCCGGUCAGUCAACAACCACACUAACAUCAAGCAUGAUCAAAGCGCCAACAUCGCAGGCGGUCCUCAGCGACAUCAACUUCGACCCCACACUUCAUCACAACACAAGCAGGUCGAGGGCUACACACUCGUCAUUGACAUCAUCAUCAACAACAACUUCUCUAUCAUCAGCUGUUCAUUCGCCAUCGUCGCCAGUCCGAUCUCUGUGCCGCCAGAUCACAUUAUUUCUAACAUUGACGGCAGUAUUGCACAACAUUACAUUGAUUUACAUCGCAGAAUCUCCACUUCAGGCCUUUAUAACUUUCAAGGUUGUCGCAUCCCGGUCUCUUCCGGUCUGA